AUAUUAUGGAUUUUUUAUCAACGGAAUGUGCUGCCCGCUCGGCAGGUCCAGCCAAUACCCUGAUGACACUGCUGCUACAGACUUUGAUAUCGAAAUUUUGUUCGUUAAGUGAUCGUUCGCAUUGGCCCAAGGAUUACGGGGAGGAGAUUAUGAAAAAUGGUAUACAGGAUUAUGAUUUUGUGGUAGUUGGCUCGGGAUCAGCAGGUUCUGUGGUGGCUGGUCGCCUAAGUGAAAAUCCCAAAUGGAAAGUUUUACUGCUGGAGGCAGGAGGAGAUCCUCCCAUUGAAACAGAGUUCGUCGGCUGGCACAUGUCCACCCAAUUCUCCGACUGGGAUUGGCAAUACCACACCGAACCGAAUGGCAAGGCCUGUAUGGCCAUGGAGGGGGAAAGCUGUCACUGGCCUCGAGGCAAAAUGUUGGGCGGAACCAAUUGUAUGAAUGCCAUGAUUUAUGCGCGCGGAACUCGUGCCGACUUCGACGAUUGGCGUGAUCGUGGUAAUCCAACCUGGGGCUAUGAUGAUGUGCUACCCUAUUUCCGCAAGGCAGAAGAUUUGCGGUCCACACGAGGUGACUAUAAGCCCGGAGAUCAUGGUGUGGGUGGACCCAUGAUUAUCAACAAUUAUGUAUCGGAUAAUGAAUUUCGGGAAACCAUUAAGGCCGGCAUGGGUGAAAUGGGUUAUGGUACGGCGCCAGAUUUCACGGAGGGUUCAUGGGUGGGUCAAAUUGAUAUUUUGGGUACCCAACAUGAGGGUCGACGUAUUACCACGGCCAAAUCGCAUUUGGAUAAAAAUCGCCAGAAUCUGCAUGUGGUGCGCUAUGCCCAGGUGAAGAAGGUGAAUUUUGAUAAGAACAAGCGGGCGACGGGAGUGACAUUUGUCCUUAAGGGGAAAAAGGAAUUUACGGUAAAUGUGAAGAAGGAGGUAAUUUUGGCAGGUGGGGCUCUGGGUACUCCACAGAUGUUGAUGUUGUCGGGUGUGGGUCCUGCCAGCCAUUUGAAGUCUUUGGGUAUCCCCGUCCUCUUGGAUUUACCGGUGGGUCAAAAUCUCAAGGAUCAUGCCAGUCUGCCGGUGGUUUUCACCAUUGACAAAUCCACAGCACGCAAACCCACCGAAGAGGAGCUGGUGGAUGCCAUGUAUAAUCUGAUUAUGGGUCGUUAUAGUAAACUGUUGCAUCACGAGGCCACAGCCCUGACAGGAUUUAUUAAUACCACCUCCCUCGACGGACCCAACCCCGAUAUUCAAACCACUAAUUUCUUUAGUUUGAUGCAAUCUCCCGAACUGAAGGGUUAUAUCAAGGCUACUGGGUUCAACAAACAAGUAGCUGCCUCCAUUCUGAAGGCCAAUGAGAACACCAAUACCUACAUUACCUAUCUGCUGCAUCUGAAACCCUUCUCCAAGGGUCAUGUGGAACUGAGAAGUUCCAAUUACUUGGACGCUCCUCUCAUCCAUGCCAACUACAUGUCCGAUGAACGUGAUGUUGAUACCUAUAUAAGGGCACUGAAUAUCUAUUCCAAAUUACCCGACACCAAGGCCUUUAGGGAACGUGAAACGGCUCUCUAUAAAAUCGAUUUACCCGCCUGCAAUUCGCAUCGCUAUCAGUCCGAUGAUUAUUGGCGUUGUUAUAUUCGCCACAUGACCACAACCGUUUAUCAUCCUGUGGGUACCACAAAAAUGGGACCAUCAUCAGAUGCCACCACUGUGGUGGAUUGGCGUCUUCGGGUACAUGGCACAAAGGGACUUCGUGUCGUCGAUGCCAGUAUUAUGCCGGACAUCGUUGCGGCCAAUACAAAUGCUGCCAUUAUCAUGAUCGGUGAAAAGGGUGCGGAUAUGAUUAAAGAGGAUUGGCAGGAUGGCAAGGGGGAUCAUCAGGAAUUGUGA